CUGCUGGGAAGAACGUUCAUGGUCUCGCGAGAGCGUGAGCGGGCGGGGCUAGAGCGUAGUAUAAAAGUUCUUUUCGGAGCACGUGACCCCUCUCCGCCCGACCGCCGCCGUGCCGCCAUCAUGGACACGAGCCGUGUGCAGCCCAUCAAGUUGGCCAGGGUCACCAAGGUUCUGGGCAGGACUGGCUCACAGGGACAGUGCACGCAGGUGCGCGUGGAGUUCAUGGACGACACCAGCCGCUCCAUCAUCCGCAACGUGAAAGGCCCUGUGCGCGAGGGCGACGUGCUCACCCUAUUGGAGUCAGAGCGAGAAGCUCGGAGGUUGCGCUGAACUUGUGGCUGAGUCCUGGAUAUCUGGAUCGACCACUUGGCUCACAGGGAUGAUCUGCGAUUGUUAAUAAACGUUUAUGUCGUAUGUAAACUUGG